UAUUUUUAAGGCUUAGUGGAUUCCAUAGCUUUUUUUUUUUGCUUGUAUUAUAUAAGAGAGAGCGAGUUGUCAGAUUCUGAAACAACGUUUUGAUCGAUUCGAAGAGGAUUUUCAUAGAGAAUGUAUUCAGUAUAUAUAUUCAGGUAGAUAUGCCAAUUGAAUUCAGUAUAUAUGAACUUGAAGAAAAGGGUUUAAUCUUUUACAUAGAGUGAGUGUGUUGGUAUAUUGAAUUCAUAUUGGUUCUGGUUUUCGAUUCGGCUUACAACGUCAGUCUUUGUUCGAAUGACAGAAGUGAUACCGAGGGUAAAUAGUUUGAAGGGAACAGAUUCAGAAUCCAUGACUAACUCGGUUGAAUCAGAUGAAUUUCAAAGAAAAGAUUCAAGAACAUUGAGAGAUGGCACACAUGAUCAUGAAGUGGUACUCGAGAAAACUUUUUCUUUCAAGGAUCUAGUUAUAGAUAAAGGGAAGUUUGGUUUGAAUGUAUCGAAUUCAAAUGGACUCUUGCACGAGCCGAUUCCCGCGCUUUCUCUACCAGAACCGACAAUUUUGUUUUCACCAAGACCAGUUAGUGAGCUCGAUGCGGCUGCUGUUAAGCUUCAGAAGGUGUACAAGGGCUACCGGACUCGAAGAAACCUUGCCGAUUGUGCAGUGGUAGUUGAGGAGCUAUGGUGGAAAGUAUUAGACCUUGCAGAGCUCAAGCUAAGUUCUGUGUCGUUCUUCGAUGUCGAAAAACCAGAAUCCAUGGUUUCGCGAUGGGCAAGAGCGAAAACAAGAGCAGCAAAGGUAGGAAAGGGAUUGUCCAAAGAUGAAAAAGCUCAAAAACUAGCCCUUCAACACUGGCUUGAAGCCAUUGAUCCACGACAUAGAUAUGGACAUAACUUAAACCUGUACUAUUAUGUUUGGUUCUCAAGUGAAAGCACUCAGCCAUUCUUCUACUGGUUGGAUAUUGGAGAUGGGAAAGAAGUAAAUCUCGGCAAAUGUCCAAGGAAAAAACUACUGCAGCAAUGCAUCACAUAUCUUGGACCAAAAGAAAGGGAAGAAUAUGAGGUAAUAAUUGAGAAUGGGAGACUUGUUUUUAAGCAAAGUGGGUUACAGGUGGAUACAACAGGGGGAUUCAAAUGGAUAUUUGUUCUUAGCACAACUAGAGCCUUGUAUGUCGGUCGAAAAGAAAAGGGUAAAUUUCAACAUUCUAGUUUUCUAGCCGGUGGUGCCACCACCGCUGCCGGAAGAUUAGUUGCUCGUGAUGGAGUUCUUGAGGCUAUAUGGCCAUACAGUGGUCACUAUCAUCCCACAGAAGAGCAUUUCAUGGAAUUCAUCAACUUCCUUGGGGAAAACCAUGUAAAUCUCACUAAUGUUAAGAGAUGUGCCACUGAUGAUGACUAUUACGGACAAGCCCCGGCUAAUGAACCCAAACCAGAAGAACUAAUGGAGGGUGCCGAGUUGGAACCACCAAUGUUCAAUCCGGGCAACAGAUUGUCUUGUAAGUGGACCACAGGGGUCGGACCACGUAUCAGUUGUGUCCGGGACUACCCAACUGAGCUCCAGUUCAAAGCCCUGGAACAAGUUAACCUGUCACCAAGGGUGGCUCCUGGUGUGGUGAACCAUGGACCAAUCCCCUCACCAAGGCCUAGUCCAAAGAUCCAUCUUUCCCCACGGAUUGCAACCAUGGGUCUGCCAAGUCCAAGAUCCAUAUCAACAUCUAACUAAAAGCCAGUUCAAUAGCCGAAAAUGUUAAUUCAUUAGUAUUUUUUGUAUUCAUUGCUCAUUUUGUUUUGUAUGUAGUCAAUCAUUAUUAAGUCAAUCAAAUUUUCUAUAGCAUUACAACGAAAGAA